AUGAGUUCGGCCACACAACAUUCCUUGUUGAAUGUGCAUCUGAAUAGCACCGGAUGUCGUAAACGCGUCUGGUCGGAACCAGAUGAUCCGCACGAGGUUCAUCGAUCCCACCAUCCAAAUUCGGAUUGUAAUUCAACCGCUUAUCCACCACCCGGUUCAGCAGAUUCCGAAUCCGCGGGCGACUUCGUUCCAAUCAAACGAAUUGCCAACGAACGGGAACGUUCCCGGACAGCCAGUGUGAACGAUGCUUUUCUGAUGCUUCGAAGUCUAAUACCCACGGAACCGAUGAAUCGGAAAUUGUCUAAAAUCGAGACUCUUCGUCUCGCCUCAUCCUACAUUUCCCAUUUGCAUGCGGUCCUCGUAACCGGUUCGAAUCCUGCGGAUCAGCCAUGUCUGAGACAUCAGCAAUUAGCUCCAACCAUGUGCAAUCUGAACCAAUGUCCCAUGUCCGCAUGUACCGGUCCGACAGUGCAUCAGCAACCGGAUCGAACCCAUCGCCCGGUGUGUACAUUUUGUGUGACCGAGAUGAAGCAGCAUCAACGUGCAACCCAUGAGCGUGCGAAAGAUUUGCAUUCGACCACGUCAACAACUCCAUGA